AUGUAUCUAGCAAUAUGGCUUCUCUUGCUGCAUCUGCUCUCACUGUUAUCAACCUCAUGCGUUCAAGCAUUGCCGAGCAGAAAUGAGACCGACCAUGAUGCGCUGCUAGCAUUCAAGGCGGGUCUAAGCCUGCAGUCGACGGAUGCGCUGGCCUCAUGGGAAGCAAGCACCGACUUGUGCCAGUGGAUUGGCGUCAUCUGCAGCAGCAGCAGCAGGCAUAAGCACAGAGUAUCCGCUCUGAAUCUGUCCUCCAUGGGACUUGUGGGAAACUUGGGCCCUUCCAUCGGGAAUCUCACACGAUUGAGGACUCUGGACCUUAGCUACAAUCUACUGUAUGGCGAAAUCCCUCCAGCGAUUGGCCGGCUAUCACAUGUGUUGUACCUUGAUCUGUCAAACAACUCGCUCCAAGGUGAAAUCCCCCCCACAAUUGGACAGCUACAGAGGUUGUCAUAUCUUGAUCUGUCAAACAAUUCACUGCAAGGUGAGUUCACAGAUGGCCUUAGGAACUGCAGUCGCCUUGUGACCAUCAAACUUGACCUGAACAACCUCAGUGGGCAAAUCCCGGAUUGGAUUGGAGGUCUGUCGAUGCUCAAGUCCAUGUCGUUAGGGAAGAACAACUUCACUGGGAUCAUCCCGCCAUCACUUGGGAACCUCUCAUCACUGCAGGUAGUUUACCUCAACGACAACCACCUCAGUGGACCGAUCCCUAAGGACCUUGGCAGGCUGGGUAACCUUGAGGUGCUGGCUCUUCAUGUAAACCACCUCUCCGGCACCGUCCCACAAACAGUCUUCAAUCUCUCCACAGCGAUCCACAUCAGUCUGCACAAGAAUGAGCUUGAGGGCACACUGCCCUCCGAUUUGGGUAAUGGCCUACCCAAAAUCCAAUACCUUAUCCUUGCGGUGAACCAUUUCAGGGGACACAUUCCAGCUUCGAUUGCGAAUGCGACCACAAUGCAAUCCAUAGACCUGUCUGAUAACAAUUUGACUGGAAUCGUGCCUCCUGAGAUUGGGACUAUUUCUCUAAACUACCUGCUACUCAACGGAAACCAGCUGAAGGCUACCAGUAACCACGACUGGAAGUUCAUCACACUCUUAACUAAUUCAACAAUGCUCCGUGGUGUCGCACUGCAAAACAACAGAUUUGGUGGUGUGUUUCCAAGCUCUAUAGCCAACCUAUCAGCACAACUCGGGAUGCUAGAUAUCAGGUUCAAUGAAUUAUCUGGUAGGAUACCAGAUGGGAUUGGUAACCUUCCCAAACUAUUCAAGUUGGGGCUCGCCGGCAACCAAUUUACUGGACACAUACCUGACAGCAUAGGAAGGCUAAAAAUGCUCCAAUUCUUGGCACUUGAGAACAACCAAUUGUCUGGGGCAAUGCCAUCUUCACUCGGGAACUUAACAUUGUUGCAGCACCUUUCAGUAGAUAACAACAUGCUGGAGGGACCUCUUCCAGCGAACCUCGGGAACCUACAACAACUUACUGUUGCAACAUUUUCCAACAAUGCACUUUCAGGUCCAUUACCAGGAGAGAUCUUUAGCCUAUCAUCCUUGUCAUACAUGCUAGAUUUAUCUGGGAAUAAUUUCAAUAGUUCUCUUCCGUCUGAAGUUGGUAGGCUCAUGACGCUCACAUACUUGUACAUACAAGGGAACAACUUAUCUGGAGUGCUGCCAGAUGCUCUAAGCAAUUGUCAGAGUUUGAUGGAGCUCCGUUUGGAUCAUAACUCCUUCAACGGUAUCAUUCCUGCAUCCAUGAGUAAAAUGCAUGGUUUGGCACUGUUAAAUUUGAGCAAAAACAGCCUCACAGGAGUGAUUCCUCAAGAGUUGGGACUCAUGAAUGGCCUGAAAGAACUGUACCUUGCGCAAAAUUACUUGACUGGACAGAUCCCUGAGACCAUGGAAAGCAUGGGAUCAUUAUACAGGCUAGACAUAUCCUUCAACCAUCUUGAUGGUCAAGUUCCAGCAAAAGGAGUAUUUACCAAUUUGACUGGUCUCUCUUUUAAUGGGAAUGACAAGCUAUGUGGUGGUAUUAAAAAGCUGCAUUUGCCUGAAUGCCCUACUGAACUAGCAGAGCAUAAUAAAAGGAUACUAAGAGUCAUUCGAAAUGCUAUGAGUGUGACUGCUAUUGUCAUCUUGGCGUGCUUCAUCUUGGCAGUUCUUUUCUUAUUUUCAAAAAAGGGAUCAAGACUUCCAUCCACCAAAAAACCGAUGGUUCGUCCUCUAUUGACGGAUGACAUGUACCCUCGACUUUCUUAUUUUGAUUUGUCCCGAGCAACAAAUGGCUUUAGUGCCAGCAAUUUGAUCGGUACGGGACAGCAUGGAUCAGUUUAUAAGGGGACAAUCCUGUUAAAGGGCUUGUCAACUACUGUAGCUGUUAAGGUAUUUGAUCUUGAACAGCCUGGCUCUUCAAAAUGUUUUUUCACUGAGUGUAAGGCGCUUAGCAAAAUUCGCCACCGUAACUUGAUCCAUGUUAUAACAUGCUGCUCUUGCUCUGAUUUGAACCAUAAUGAAUUCAAAGCUCUAGUGUUGGAGUUCAUGCCUUAUGGGAACCUUGACAAGUGGUUACAUCCAGAUGUAUAUUCCGCAAAUCCUGUCAAUGUACUAACGUUAGUGCAGAGAUUGAACAUUGCUGCUGACGUUGCCAGUGCACUGGACUAUUUGCACAACAACUGCCAGCCUCCAAUAGUUCACUGCGAUGUCAAGCCCAGCAACAUUCUUCUUGGGGAGGACAUGGUUGCUCGUGUCGUAGACUUUGGCCUCACUAAGAUUCUCACGGAUCCAGUUGGUGAGCAGUUGAUCAAUUCAAAGAGUUCUGUGGGAAUACUAGGAACAAUUGGAUAUGUUGCUCCAGAAUAUGGUGAAGCUGCUCGCAUCUCUCCACAUGGGGAUGUCUAUAGCUAUGGUAUUGUACUCCUUGAGUUGUUUACUGGGAAGGAGCCUACACAUGACAUGUUUACAGAUGGAUUGACCCUGCUGAAGUAUGCAAAGAUGGCUUACCCAGAUCGACUGAUGGAGAUUGUAGACCCCUUUCUGCUAUCCAUUGGGGCUGAAACAGGGAAAAUCAAUGGUGUUAUGGACUACGUCACAAGGCUUGCACUAUCAUGCAGCAAGAGCAGACCGACUGAGAGGCUGUGCAUGAGAGAUGUUGUAGCUGAGAUUCAGACAAUAAAAGCUUGCUACAUUGCAUAA